AUGGCACAAAUAACGUCUGGAAAUCUGCCUAGUGACACAGUUCUGAACCCAAGAAACAAUGUCAAUGCAGUGACCACGAGGAGUGGCAAGGUGAGAGAACAAGUACCGCCUGAAGCCAAACAGAGUAGAAAUACCUUGACUCCAACUCACCGGGAGGAAAUGGUCACACCAAUAUCGGUUGAAGAGCACAUCGCUAUUGAAAAGGAGGAAAAACCCGUGAUUAACAUCCCUUUUGCAGAAGCACUAGAGCAGAUGCCGACAUAUGCUAAGUUCAUGAAGGAUAUUCUGUCGAAAAAAAGAAAAAUCGGCGGUGAAAUAGUUAUGCUUACUGAAGAGUGUAGUGCUAUACUACAAAGGAAGUUGCCACCGAAGCUCAAGGACCCUGGAAGCUUCUCAAUCCCGAAUCAAAACCACGGUUGCUUAGAUGGAUUCUAUUAUUACAAGAAUUUGACAUUGAGAUCCAGGAUAAAAAGGGGGUCAGAGAACAUUGUGGCUGACCACCUAUCUCGAUUGGAGAAGGUUGAGGAGAAUGAGGACAUUAGACCGAUCCGAGAUCAAUUUGCUGAUGAGCACAUCUUUGCCAUUACCAUGGUACCUUGGUUCACCGACUUUGCUAAUUUCAAGGUGGGGGGUACAAUCCCAUCUGAUUUCACUUACCAACAACAAAAGAAGUUUAUCCACGAUGCCAAAUUCUAUGUGUGGGAUGAACCCUUUUUGUACAAAAGAGGAGUGGAUGGAUUGUUGCGAAGAUGUGUGUCCGAGGAGGAACAAGAAAAGGUAAUGUGGCACUGCCACGACUCCGAGUAUGGGGGUCAUUUCAGUGGUGACCGAACUGCAGCAAGAGUUCUACAAUCGGGGUUGUUCUGGCCUUCAUUAUUCAAAGAUGCAUUCAACUAUGUGAAGAAAUGCGAUCGAUGCCAGCGCACCGGUAACAUCUCAAAACGGGAUGAAAUGCCGCAAAAUCCUGUUAUCACAUUUCUCAAGAAGAACAUAUUCGCUCGCUUCGAUGUGCCUCGAACCUUGAUUAGUGACGAAGGCACCCAUUUUCUAAACCGGAAUAUGGAAUACCUUCUAAAAAAAUAUAAUGUGCGUCAUAGAGUGGCAACCCCAUACCAUCCAAAAACUAGUAGGCAAGUCGAAGUCUCCAACAGGCAGCUUAAACGAAUCCUAGCAAAGACAGUAACUGCCUCACGAAAAGAUUGGUCAACGAAACUUGAUGAUGCACUUUGGGCCUACCGAACAGCUUUUAAGACCUCCCUGGGAUUGAUCUUUUUCAAGGAAACUGAUUAUCCUUGUUUAUGCCAUAAACGAAGAUCGUUCUUCGUUUCUCAGCAGAAGGUCAAGAUCAAUCUUCGUUUUCCUGAAUAG